GUUCUGUCAAAACAAAAGAGCUUAUUUUUAGUAAGAUAGAAACAAAUAUUUCAAUGAAUUUGAAAAUAACGGUUACUUAGUCAUCUAUAAAAACUAAGCAAAACAUCUCGUGACACAUACAGUAAGUUUCUCAAUUUCAGCAGCUUCUGUUUUUUCUCUCUCUCAACAAAGGAUCCUCGUGAUGAAGAGCUCUUAUAUUUCACGAGCUUCAUAUUCCUUACUUACAGAAUACACAUCAAAAAACGCUUCACUUUUGAAUUCUUCUCACCACCUUCAAAUACCCCUUCAAUUCCUUAACAAAAUCAUGCACCCCACAACACAUUCUUCUCAUACUACAACAAUAACAAGCAAUGGAAUCCAAACUUCAAUUCUUUUUCCUCACCCUUUUUCUUCUCAUUCUCACCAUCCAUGCACAAACUCUCGGAACUUACAUUGUUCAGUUACACCCUCAUGGCACAACCAAGUCAUUGUUCACCACUAAACUACAAUGGCAUCUUUCAUUCAUACAACAAACAAUUUCCUCUGAUGAGGACCCUUCUUCACGCCUUCUAUACUCAUACCGUUCCGCCAUGGACGGUUUCGCAGCUCAGUUAACCGAGACUGAGCUUGAGUACCUGCAAAAACAUCCUGAUGUUAUCUCAAUUAGGCCUGAUAGGCAGCUCCAAAUUCAAACCACCUAUUCUUACAAGUUCUUAGGACUCAAUGCUGCAAAAGAAAAUGGUUGGUAUCAAGCAGGUUUCGGUCACGGAACCAUAAUCGGCGUGCUUGAUACUGGUGUUUGGCCAGAGAGUCCUAGCUUCAAUGAUCAUGAUAUGCCUCCAGUUCCCAAGAAAUGGAAGGGUAUAUGCCAAUCAGGGAAAGCCUUUAACUCUUCCAAUUGUAACAGAAAGCUCAUUGGUGCAAGGUACUUCACAAAAGGCCAUUUUGCAGUAUCACCUACAAGAAUUCCAGAAUAUCUCUCCCCAAGAGAUUCAUCUGGACAUGGAACACACACUUCAUCCACUGCUGGUGGAGUUCCGGUGCCAAUGGCGAGUGUUUUUGGUUAUGCAAAAGGUGUGGCAAGAGGUAUGGCUCCUGGUGCUCACAUUGCAGUGUACAAAGUAUGCUGGUUCAAUGGCUGUUAUAACUCUGACAUCAUGGCUGCAAUGGAUGUGGCAAUCAGAGAUGGCGUGGACGUUCUAUCCUUGUCUCUAGGUGGUUUUCCGGUACCUCUAUAUGAUGACAGUAUUGCCAUUGGAAGCUUUAGAGCAAUUGAGAAAGGGAUUUCAGUUAUAUGUGCAGCAGGAAACAAUGGUCCAAUGGCAAUGUCUGUUGCCAAUGAUGCUCCUUGGAUUGCCACUAUUGGUGCAAGCACACUUGACAGGAAAUUCCCAGCUAUAGUUCGCAUGGGCAAUGGAAAAGUUCUCUAUGGAGAAUCCAUGUAUCCAGUGAACAACAGAAUAUCAAGCAAUAGCAAAGAACUUGAGCUGGUUUACCUGACUGGUGGAGAUAGCGAGAGUCAAUUUUGCCUCAAAGGAUCUCUUCCAAAGGACAAAGUUCAAGGCAAAAUGGUGGUAUGCGAUCGAGGUGUCAAUGGAAGAUCAGAAAAGGGUCAAGCUGUGAAGGAAGCAGGUGGUGCUGCUAUGAUCUUAACAAACACAGAGCUAAACUUAGAAGAAGAUUCGGUCGAUGUUCAUCUCUUGCCUGCAACAUUGGUAGGAUUUGAUGAAUCAGUCACCUUGAAAUCUUACAUAAACUCCACAACAAUGCCACUUGCUAGGAUUGAAUUUGGAGGAACUGUAAUAGGCAAAUCUAGAGCACCAGCAGUAGCAAUAUUCUCUGCUAGAGGACCAAGUUUCACAAACCCUUCAAUCCUUAAACCAGAUGUUAUAGCUCCAGGAGUCAACAUCAUAGCGGCAUGGCCUCAAAACCUCGGUCCUACAGGCCUACCAGAGGACACUAGAAGAGUGAACUUCUCCGUCAUGUCAGGUACAUCAAUGUCAUGUCCUCAUGCUAGCGGAAUUGCAGCUCUUAUUCGUUCCGUCCAUAAAAAAUGGAGCCCUGCAGCUAUCAAAUCUGCAAUGAUGACAACAGCAGAUGUAAUUGACCACAAAGGAAAACCGAUCCUCGAUGAAGACAAACCAGCUACAUCUUUUGCAAUGGGAGCUGGAAAUGUGAAUCCACAAAGAGCAUUGAAUCCCGGAUUGAUAUACGAUAUCAAGCCAGAUGAUUAUGUCAACCACCUUUGCAGCAUUGGUUAUACAAAGUCAGAAAUAUUCAGUAUCACACACCGAAACGUAAGCUGCCAUGCAAUCAUGCAGAUGAAUAGAGGCUUCAGCCUUAACUAUCCCUCAAUCUCGGUAAUAUUUACCAACGGAAUGAGAAGGAAAAUGUUCAGCAGGAGGGUAACAAAUGUGGGAAAUCCUAACUCCAUCUACUCAGUGGAGGUUAUGGCACCUCAAGGAGUAAAAGUGAUAGUAAAACCCAAGAAACUAGUAUUCAAAAAAAUAAAUCAAAGCUUGAGUUACAGGGUUUGGUUCAUAUCAAGAAAAAGAGUCAAAAAAGGCGACGAUAACAUGAACUUUGCAGAAGGACAUUUGACAUGGAUAAACUCACAAAAUGGUUCUUACAAAGUUAGAAGUCCAAUAUCAGUGAGUUGGAAGGCUAAGUAGCAUGAACAAAACAACAACAACAACAACAACAACAACAACAAAAACAAAAACAACCAUUAUUAUUAAGUUUAGAGCUUAUUUAUUAUCAUUGUUGCAUUGGUUACAUUGCUUUAUUUAUGUCUAAUAGCAGAGUUUAUGCUAAACUUUGCUUUAUGAGUUUUAGUUGACAAAAAAUAUUCUAGAAUGAAAUCUUGAAAAUAAGUUCAUUUAUAAAGGUUAAAUAAUUGGUCCUGCCAAUUUUUAGUCAAAAAAUCUCUUCUUUACUUCUUUUUUUUUCUCAGACAAAUUUUCGUAGAACAGUUUCUCAUGAAAUUUUCCAAAAUCAUGAAUGAAAUCUAAGUUGUUAUCUUUCCCAUAAGGUAUUAAGAUAUUCAAUUCCACAAUGACAGAAAGUAAAUAAACAUUCAAACAAAGCAAAAUUUAUUCAAUCUGCAAAAAAAUAAAAAAUAAACCCUAAAUUUAGCAGUUGAUUGUAAUCUUCAAUACUUUCCACCAACAGCUUCAAACUGCAAAAACGAAAAA